AUGUCCGAUCAUACCUCUCUUCCGUCAGCCGAAGAAGUUAAUGAAUGGAGCCCGCAUCAAGUUAUUGAAUUUCUUGAGUCCUAUAAUAAAGAAAAAAGUUAUUUCUUGGAGAUGGAGACAUUAAAGAUAACCAUUGAGAAUAGAGAACUUAAGAAUGAGAAUGUAGAUCUUAAAGCUGAAUUAGCCAAAUGCUGA